AUGCCGAUCCGAUCCAACUAUCCAGAUGUUGACCUUAGAGAAUGUGAUAUCUUCUCAUUCCUCUUCGACCGCACUGACAGGGAAUUUCCAGACCACAAAGUGAUAUUUCAAGACGCAAACGACACUUUGCAGCCCCUCACAUUCGCCGACGUGCGUGGGAACGCCAUCGACUUUGGCAAGGCUCUUCGAGAUAAUAUAGGGCUCCAGACUGGGGACGUGAUCGCGUUGUUCACACCAAACAGUAUCGACGUUCCGUGCGUGAUCCUGGGUGCGUUAUGGGCCGGGGCUAUCGUGUCUCCAUCCAACCCUGGCUACACUGCGACCGAGCUCGAAUAUCAGCUAAGGGACAGCGGCGCAAAGUACUUGGUCACGCACAUUUCUAUCCUUCCCCUCGCCAGGCAGGUUUGUUCCAAAGUUGGAAUCUCGGACUCACAUAUCUUCUUGGUUGGCAGGCCGUCAGAGGAGAAGACGGCGCCAAAGCAUUGGACGUUGUUUAGAAGCAAUAAGGCUUGGCAGGAGAAUCAGUCUCCUGCAAGGCAACUGAGACCAAAGGAAGACCUGGCAUUCCUCUCCUACUCAUCCGGCACCACCGGGAAACCGAAAGGCGUCCAACUGACACACUACAACGUAACAGCCAACAUUCAGCAGAUGCGCGGUCAAGAACCAGUGUCAUGGGAUGGAUCCAUAACCGUACCCAAUAUUCCUAAUGCGCCCAAAAGUGGCGACAAGAUUCUUGCUUGCCUGCCAUUCUUCCACAUAUAUGGACUAACUUGCCUCAUGAUCAACCCUUUAUAUACUGGUGUCCACUGUGUCCUGAUGGAGAGAUUCGACAUCGAGAGCUGGUGCCAGGUCGUCGACAAGCAUCGAAUCACUGUUGGCUAUAUUGUACCCCCCAUUGUGUUGCUGCUUUGUAAGCACCCGGCCGUAGAAAAGUACGAUUUGAGUUCACUCCGGAUAUGCUCCUCGGGGGCAGCUCCUCUGACCAGAGAGCUUGUGGAGGCAGCGUUCGCGAGAAAGAAGCUUCGGGUCAAGCAAGGAUAUGGAAUGACGGAAACUUCACCAACACUGUUCGCAAUGAGGUGGCAGGAUUGGAGGGAUAAGGUCGGCACCACCGGACUUCUUGUGCCCAACAUGCUGGCAAAGUUUUGCACUGUACCCGAAGGUGAGAAUGAAGGAGCAGUCGAGCUACCCAGAGGGGAGCUCGGGGAGCUCUACGUCAUGGGCCCGAAUAUUUUUAAGGGCUAUUAUAAAAAUCCUGCCGCGACUAUGGCGUGUCUACAUGAUGACUGGUUUAGGACUGGCGAUAUCGGGUUUAUGGAUUCGGAAGGGAAUCUAACUAUCACCGACCGAGCAAAGGAGCUGAUCAAAUACAAAGGCUCUCAGGUGGCCCCUGCCGAGCUAGAAGGUGUUCUCGUGGAUCAUGAGCUAGUCGACGAUGCUGCAGUAAUCGGUGUGCCAUUGCCCGGUCAGGGUACUGAAGGACCGCGGGCAUACAUUGUCAGAAAAGGCGGUAUGUCCGCCGUACGAAAAGGAGACGAGGACAAAAUCCAUCAGUGGCUCAACAGCCGGGUUGCCAACUACAAGAAAUUACGUGGUGGGAUCGUAUUCGUGGACACUAUCCCCAAAAGUCCGAGCGGAAAGAUCUUGAGAAGAGUCCUCAAAGAUAGCAUUAAGAAGGAAUUGCAGCAGUCGGAUUUGAGAGGAAAGCUAUAG